UUUUCUUAAUACUUCAGAUCACAAUAUUAAAAAACAGAAAACCAAGCUCUUAUGUCCCCCAUUAAAACACCUCCCAUGCUCUUCCCUCAUCAACUUCCCACCAUAUAUUUUCUUCUUCUCAGUCCUUCUUUCCUCCCUCUUUGUCUUUCUCUUCUUCGAUGAAGCUCGGCCGCCCAGAGGUCGUUAACGGUUGUCUUCUUCAACCACCUCAUUCUCAUGAACCUUGGGACUAUGAGCUCCCUACUUCUUCAACCUCCACCACUCCCAUCCUCCAUAACCAACCCUUCAACUUGCAAUGCAACGACUAUGCGUACUCGGUCGACCAUGUCAGUGACUUACAAGAAUCUAGCACCGAUGACACGGUGAGUGGCGAUGAAGUUUAUGUAGGAAAUGGAAGAAGUAAAGAUGUUGAUGAUCAUGGAUUAACUUUGAUCAGCCUCCUCUUUGAAUGCGGAGUUGCGAUUUCUGUUGACAAUCUUGUGGAGGCACACCGGAUGCUUCUCGAGCUCACUCAGAUGGCGUCGCCUUACGGUCAGUCGAGUGCGGAGCGUGUGGUCACAUACUUUGCAGCUGCCAUGGCUAGUAGAGUCAUAAACUCUAUAUUGGGGAUUUGCUCUCCUUUACUUAACUAUAAAAGCAUAAACAAUUCCUUCCAACUUUUCUACAACGUUUCACCAUUCAUCAAGUUUGCUCACUUGGCCUCAAACCAAACCAUACUUGAAUCUCUUUCGCAAUGUGACAUAGUUCAUAUCAUUGACCUUGACAUCAUGCAAGGCUUGCAAUGGCCUCCACUUCUACAAGCGCUUUCCAUGAGGAUGGAUAAUGGUUGCUCUCGUCACGUGAGGAUCACUGCCGUGGGCACCACCAUGGAGCUCCUACUUGACACAGGGAAGCAACUCUCCAACGUUGCUCGACACCUUGGAUUAUCUUUUGAGUACAACCCCAUUGCAGGAAAGGUAGGAAAGAUCGAUGUAUCGAUGUUGAAACUCCGACGCAAUGAGACAGUAGUCGUGAACUGGGUUCGACAUUGUCUUUACGAUGCUAUCGGAGCUGACUGGAAAACCAUUGGGCUAAUUCAACAAGUGGGACCUAAAGUUUUUGCAUUUGUGGAACAAGAUAUGUGCUAUGGAGGAGCAUUUCUAGAUCGUUUUGUUAGCUCUCUACAUUACUACUCUGCCAUUUUUGACUCUCUUGGAGCUUGUCUAAGAAGUGAUGAUAGUAAUAGAAAUCAAGUGGAGCACAGCAUUUUGUACAGGGAGAUCAAUAACAUAUUGGCAAUUGGAGGGUCUUCAAGAAGUGGAGAGGAGAAGUUUAGGGAAUGGAGAAGUGAACUAAGAAAGUGUUUAAUUGAAGUUCCAAUGAGUGCAAACUCCAUGGCUCAAGCUUGGUUGAUGUUGAAUAUGCAUUCUAAUAACCAAGGGUUUAGCCUUGUUCAAGGGGAAGGUGGGACACUAAAGCUUAGAUGGAAAGAUACAAGUCUUUAUACUGCUUCUUCAUGGACUUGUUCCAAUGGGACAGUUGCCCUAAAUUAGAAAUUUAAUCCUUAAAUUUAAACAAGCUUUAGUUUUGGGUACGAUUAGGAUUUGUAUUUCUAUCAAGUUUUUGUUAUAAUAUUAUCAACAAAAAGCAAUUGUCAGCAAAA